AGAGAAAAUCUAGAUUCUAGAAUCUGCCUUUCCUAUUUUAAAACCCGUUUAAAUCAUUGUUGGUCCUUAUUGAGGAAAUACGAAGGCACAUCUUUAUGUAUUUUGACGAACAUAUUAUGCAUAAAGUUUGCCACAUAGUGACAGAAAAACGACAUUUCCUGUGGAAAUUCCGAUAUCUGUUUGACAGUUCUCAAGCUAUGAGAGGUUAUGUAUUCUAAUAGAAAUGGCUGGAAGUGACAAAAUAGUUCGUGUUUAUUAUUUAGAAUCCUUUAAAUUCGAAGAAGAAUUUAUUUGUUUUAUUUUUAUGAACCAUUAUACCAAUUCUUAAGAAUGAAACCAUCGAUACUACACUCACAUUCAUAUUUACAAUACGAAAUAAAAAAGUAAAGAUGUCGUGACUCCGAAGUGUCCUGUGAAAUGAAAUAAUUAUUUUUUACAAUAAAGGAUAAGAGUGUAUUAUUUUUUACGAUGGAUGACACUGGAAAGCCUUUCGCUUGUCCUUCACCAGGAUGUAAUAUGAGUUUUACAAACGAGGACCAUUUAACGGUUCAUAAAAAGAAACAUGACAUGAUUUUAAAUUUUGGAAUGAAUGGAAAAGGCAGCGCUUUUAUCGCCGAUCAAACUCCGACACCCACAAGAUUUAUCAGAAACUGUGAGGAAGUCGGUUUAUUCCAAGAUCUGCAAAGUGUAAACCCUUUCGAAGAAACUUUUCGUAGGGCAGUAGAAGCUGGAAAAACAGGAUCAAUCUCAGUUUCAGAAAUUGGAAUUGUAGACGAUACAUUACAUACUCCUCAUAUAUUUCCGCAUAUUGAGGAAAGCCCCUCCACAAAUCGUCAAGUUCUCCCCCAAACUACAAUUUCUGUACCCCCUACAAUUACUGUAACUGAAACUUCAAAUGAGACGAGUUCAACUAAAACGAAAAUACGCAGAAGUAGAGUGAGAAAAAAGAAUUCUAAAGCGGAGGAAGUAGUCAAGAAAUUAAAAAUUACAACUACUUGCACAAACAGUAUUGAAAAAACCGAGAGGAUUGUUGUUAAACAAACAAAUACUGCGAUCGUACCGAAAGUUCCUGCAGUUCAGGCACCAGCACCUUUAUCCAUAAAUGGCGAAGAAGUACAAUUAUUAUUAAAAACCUCAGAUGGUAAACUGCUACAACUAUCUGCAGCUCCUGUGGCUGACUCUCAAAGCAGCAUUAAUAGCACAAAUAAUCAGCGCUUGAUUUUAAAAACUGAGCCUCCUCUGAGGACUGCGAAAGAAGCGGAACAAAAAAGUACCGAAGCUUCGAAACUUUCCAUUGCAAAAAUGAAAUUGAAGCAAGCUCUAACAAAAGGCUUAUCAGAAACUGUAAAUGAGAAGAAGGAGAAAAUUGCUGAAAAAGUGAAAGAAUCCUCGCCAUCUAAGGAAAACCGGAGAAAGCAAUUUGACCAAAAACAAGACAUUUUAGAACGAAAUCGAGCAAGUUCGAUGCGCUGCCGAGCGAGGAGAAAAGCAUGGAUUCAAGAAUUGGAAACGACAGUGAAAAAUGUCAACGAUAGGAAUUCCUCUUUGCAAACAGAAGUUAAAUCUUUGCGAUCUGAGGUUGCGAAAUUGAAGGCUCUUCUCUUGGCGCACAAAGACUGUCCGAUUACGAAAGCGAUGGAAAAGGGAAAUAGUAUUGUCGUGGGUUCAAAAGUGAAUAUAAUUCCUGCGAAUGCGGAAAUGGUACCUGCCAUACCUAUUCCAAUCGAUGCGUCAAUUAAAAGAACUUCUCUUCCAGUUGAAGUGCCAAUUUUAACGACGAAAUUAAUCCUAUCAAGAGGAAAAAAUACAACCAUUUUACCCAACGAUAAAGGUGAUAAUAAAAUUACUGGGGCCUUGUCCAGGGCGAGGCUAUUCAAGAAACUGCCAGCUCUGAAAAUCGUCGAUGUCGAUCCGGGGAUGAUAAGCGAAAGGGAUGAGCAGUUUUUAAUUCUUCAGAGUUCUCCAGCGAGUGUAAGUAAGUUCAAUUCCAGGGACAUUAUCGAAAUGAAUCCGAUGAUUCAUGUGGAAAAUGCCGCAUCGAAAAGUACUGGAACGUAAAUGGAAAAAUGUAAAUAUUUAGGAAUUAGGAAAAUGUUUUUAAAACUUUUGUUUGUAAAAAGAAUGAGAAAAUACUCAAUGUAUGUCUGGAAAUUAUUGUUUAUUUAGUUUAAGGGUGUUGAAAUGUUUUGCCGUUUGAAUGAAAGCCAUUUUUCCGACUUGAAUCGCAUUCCCAUAUUUUUUUAAAGACAAUUUUCAAAUGCAAUUUUAAAAUGAGGGACUUUAAUUCU